AAUCGUGAAAACCGCUUGGAUACGCGUAAACCCCUAGUUGUCUUAGAUCGUAAAAGUGGUACAGUGUUGAAUGGUACACGGGCACCAACUAGUGAUACAUUAAUUGAAUUCCUAUUGGCUCAUCCAACAUAUCAGGUUGUCUACAAUCGUCAGUUGAACGAGAAAUCUCAGAAAUCACAGUCACUAAAUCAAUCCGGCAAAGAUUCUGGACAAAACGAAGCCCAUGUGAAUAGGACUACGUCUUCCAGCAAUGACUGUAGCCGAUCCUCAUCAGAAGCGAAUAAUCAGCAGUCGCUGGCACCAGAAAAUAUUGCUCAGUUGAGAAAGAAAUAUCAAAACCUCUUAUUCGUGUUACUGGAAAAAAGAACCCUAUUAUCACGUCAUAUAUUCACAGUGAAUCGAUCCAAACUGAAGGCAUUAGCUAUCGAAUUGGAUAAUGUCAUCUCGUCUAGAAAUAAUCUCACCAAUUCAUCAAGUAAAGAUUCCCUACAGACAGACUUUUCAGUCUAUCAAUCACAGCUACGCUUAUUUCUCAAUUGUUUGGAGAUUGUUAACCAAGAGAAAUCGGAACAUGCCAGCACUAUCUCUCUGUCUACGUCCACUACUACUGAUCCAUCUAUCAUUGUCACGUUGAAAGAUCAAUUUUUCGACUCUUUAAUCACAGGGGCAUUAAAACCAAGUGAUUUAGCUCAUUGUCAAGAUUAUAAAACUCUUGAAUCGAUAGUGAAACGAGCUCGGAUAGCUGAGAAAGCACAUACUAGAAUAUCAUCUAAUCUGUCAAGUUUAAUCAAUAAUAAUGU